AAGUUUUUUUGAAGUGACGUCAUUCUCCGCAGAGACAGCUGAUGUGCCGAGUCUUCCGCUCCUCUCCCAAACUGCUCCUGAAUACAUGUUGACGAACAUACAGUUAGAGACGGUUUUGUAAAUUCAUAAAUACACAGUCGACAUGUGUCAGAGGGACAGAAUCCCGCUGCUGGGGGCCUUCUUCCAGGCUCUGCUCGUCGUGGCGUUGGGUUUCACGGACAUGGAGCCGGGGCCUGGUGCAGGUGUAUCCACGCAGCCGAACGGAGAUCGCUUCAAAAUCGAGGGCAGAGCAAUAGUCCCUGGGAUUAAAACACAGGACUGGGUCUCCAUGGCCCGGGUCUUGGUGGAAGGGGAAGAAUACGUUGGAUUUUUAAGAACCGAUGGAAGCUUUGCCGUGAAUGACGUCCCCUCAGGAUCCUACGUUGUGGAAAUCGUCAGCCCUAACUAUAGAUUCGAAGCAGUACGUGUUGACAUCACAUCCAAGGGUAAAAUGAGGGCCCGUCUGGUGAACUUCAUCAAGACUUCAGAAGUGAUUCGUCAGCCGUACCCCCUGCAAAUCAGAGCAAGUGGCCCUCACAGCUACUUCAUGAAGAGAGAAACCUGGGGCUGGACGGACUUCCUGAUGAACCCAAUGGUUAUGAUGAUGGUUCUGCCCCUGCUGAUCAUUGUUCUGCUACCCAAGGUGGUCAACACCAACGACCCAGAAAUGCGGAAGGAAAUGGAACAGUCAAUGAACAUGCUGAACCCCAACCCCGAGCUUCCAGACGUCUCCGAGCUCAUGACCAAGCUCUUCUCCGGCUCCAAGGGCUCCAGCAAGGCAAGCAGCAGCAGCAAAGGCACCAGGCCAGCUGUAAAGAGGAGGUAGUACUGUACACGUCUCCUCAAUCUGCCUGAAGAAGCUCGAGUUAUGCCAUAAAAAGCAAGAUUUUUAAGUGUCAUUUUUUUCCCCCUCUGGGUCUAUUGUACAGUUUUCUUUAUUGAUAGAUGUUUUGAGCACAUCUUGAUUUCUUAUAUGCUGGUGGAAACUAAGAAAACAUGAGAUGUUUUUCAUACUGCACUGAUAGAAAUUUCCCUGCAAAGACAGUUCCCCUUAAUUUCUCUCUAUUCUUCCUUCUUCAUGUGGCUCUUCUUACUCAUCAACCUUUUCUGUGCUAACCCUCUGCCGUGCAUUUUUUUCCACUGCUGCUAAUUCCACUACCUGAAAGAGAACAUAUAUUCAGAGACUUCCUUGGUUCUUUUUGGAUAUCAGUAAUAUGACUGUGAAUAAAGAUUAAUUGAAUUUUAAGACUGAUAAAUUCUUAUUUAAAAAAAGCUUAGAUAAAUAAAAUCCAAUGCUAUAUAACAACUGUGUUUUUUUAUUUCAGAUCCUCUUUAUGUUUGAGAAUGAACACAUAGCCUUGUCAUUUUAUGGUUUAUUGUGUGGCUGUGUGUAACAUACUGUACAUGAUGUGCCUAAGGUGUAUAAAUUAACAUGGUGAUCAAGGGCAGUUCAAAGGAUGAAAGAGCUGUGUGCUUUCUUUCGAUAUAACUAGAUUGUAACUGGCUUAAUUUUAAUAAAGCGGACAAUCAAGUCCAUAUAAAAGUCUUAAUAAA